AUGUGGAAUAAUUGUGUCCAGAAUUCGCAUCUUCUAAAAACUUGCAUGUUUUUUAUAGGCUGGAAGAGAGGUUUGAUAUUUGGUCAAAAUCAAAAUUUGGCGAGGCGAUUGUGCGAGGCGCCUGGUAAUGUGAUGACGCCGACAGCUUUUGCUCAAGCUGUAGUUGAUGAAGUGUGCAAUUGCGCGAUAAUGGUUGAUGUCAGAACAAAAGAAUGGAUGGAAUCUAGAAAGUUUGACGCCUUUUUAAUGGUUGGAAAAUCUAGUUGUGAACCACCUGUCAUGGUGGAAGUGAUGUAUUGUGGAGCACCUCAAUUUGAUAAACCAAUAAUAUUGGUUGGAAAAGGCACGACUUUUGAUACCGGCGGUCUUCAUUUGAAAAAGGAAUCAAAUAGGACAAUUAUCGACGAGCAUCGUGCAGACAUGGCUGGAGCAGCUGCCAUUGUUGGCGCAAUAAAGGGAGCUGCCCAACUGUCGCUACCCAUAAACAUCUAUGGAUAUUUACCUUUGUGUGAAAAUAUGAUCAGUGGCAUGGCCAUGAAACCAGGAGAUGGUAUAAGAUCUAUGAGUGGUAAUUCAAUCCUAGUGCACGAUACCGAUUUCGAAGGUCGACUCGGCAUGUCGGAUGCUGUUACAUGGGCACAGAAACAAUAUAAACCUCGUCUUGUGCUCAAUGUUGGCACUAUGACAAAAGAAGUAGAAACAAUGUUAGGUGGAGGAUGCUGCGCUGUUUGGUCGAAUUCGAAACAGGCUUGGAAACAGAUGCAGAAAGCUGGCGCUAUAACUGGUGACCGUGUGUGGAGGUUUCCGCUGUGGGAGCACUAUCGAAAAUCUGUGAUGGCCUACAAUUCUGCUGAUCUAAGCAAUAAGGGCGAUCAAGAAGGAGGCGAACCGUGCCUUGCAGCCGCAUUCUUGAAGGAGUUUGUCCCCUGUUGCGAUUGGAUGCAUAUGGACAUUACGGGCAUUGCGCUGCCCACGAAGAGCCCAUCGCAUCCAUUUUACAGAGUCGGACAAAUGACGGGGCGCCCAACUCGAACUAUAUUACAAUUUCUCUACCAACUUGCUUGUCCCAUGAGCUGCGAGCAGAAGCAGCAAGAUAGUUGUUGCAAGUAA